AUGGGACUCCUCCGCCGCUCCAAGACCCCGACCCCGCCUGCUCCUCCCCCUCCCGCCCGUGGCGAGGGUGACUGGCGUACUCUCGUAGAGGAGGCUGUCAAGACCUCUCCGACGGCCAAGGAGCUCUCGCUGGCGACAUGCACGCCUAACGGUCCUCGCAACCGUACCGUCACCUUCCAGGGAUCCAAGGUGGAGCAGCUGAAGCACAAUGCCCACGUCGAGAUUGCCUGGUUCAUUCCAAGCGGAGCGUGCCAGUUCCGCAUCCGCGGCGUGGUGACCGUGAUUGACGACGACUUUGCCCAAAACAAGAUCCACCACCUCGCGCCCAACGCUCCCGAGCUUGAGCACGCCUACUGGGACGCGACGAAGAAGGCCAUUCUCGACGCCAUGCCGCCGCGCCAGCGCCAUCCGCUCGUCAUGCUCGCGCUCGAGCCCGAGCACGUCCAGCACCUGGACCUCAUCAAGUUUGCGUACACCGAGUGGACGGAGCACGAGGACGAGCGCUGCCACCUGUAG